UUAAAAAAACAAAAAACAAAAAUGGUACAAAGCUCAAAAUCCCAUGAAAUUUCAUCAUCGUCUUCACAGUCAGAAGCAGGGAGUACUUCAUUAGGGCAAUCCCAGAAAAGAAAAGCGGGAAGGAAGAAAUUUAAAGAGACGAGACACCCAAUAUUCAAAGGUGUUAGAACAAGGAAAGGGAAAUGGGUUAGUGAAGUGAGAGAACCAAACAAGAAGUCUCGUAUAUGGUUAGGGACAUUUUCAUGUCCAGGUAUGGCUGCUAAAGCUUAUGAUGUAGCUGCUUUAGCACUUAGAGGAGAUGCUGCUUCUUUAAAUUUUCCUGAAUCUGCUCAUACAUUGCCACAUCCUAAGUCAUUGUCUGUUAAGGAUAUUCAGAUUGCUGCUAUGGAAGCUGCUGCGACUUUGAUUGAUGAUAAAACUUUGCCUGAUUCGGUGUCGUCAGCGGUACCGGCAUUUCCGGAAAAUAUGGUGUUUGAAGAUGAAGAUGAAGUGUUUAAUAUGCCGGGGAUACUUGAAAGUAUGGCGGAAGGGUUGAUGAUAACUCCACCAUCUAUGCAGAAAGGGUAUUAUCCUGAUGAUGAUGAUGAUGAUGGGAAUGAUUAUGUGGAAGUCAAUCUCUGGGAUGACUAAGUUGUUCAAUUUUAGUUAUUAGGGUCUGUAAUUUGCAAAGGGAGUUACGAAGUUUUUCCAGCCGUAAUUUCAUGAAGUAAUCACAAAUAAAAAUACGUCGGUUAUUAUGACGUUCUGCAAUUGUAAAAGAAAUUUUUGGAUUAAAACGAGAAACGAAAAAGAAGGGAAAAAAAGUUUAAUUGUGUUUUGGAUUUUAUUUAUGACGGAUGCUCUUAAUAAUCUCAUAUUUUAAUAAACAUCGAUUUCUACUUUACGAUUCA